AUGCCCAACUACCCCUCCGCUUUCAAGAUCUACGAUGAAGCUGCGCACACCAUCCUAGGCGAUAGUCCGAAACUCGAACUCCUCCUGGAGAACAACAACUACACAUUUGCCCAUGAAGCCGGUGUCUUCAUCCCAAAAUCGAACACUCUAUUCAUAACGAGCAACCAAUAUCCGCACCCUGAGACUAACGGAACACACAUCCAAAUUAGCCGCAUCACUCUCCCGUCAUCAACUCAUAGCACCGAAACAACAUGUACCGAGAUCACAACAGAUAACAUUCCAUUGGCGAAUGGGGGCGUCAACUACAAAGACGGCAUCCUCUUCUGUGCACAAGGAACACUUACCACCCCCGGCGGCCUAGCAUACAUGCCGCUCCCCUCAGGUCAUACCUCUUCCACCUCUUACUCGUCUGAGCUACUCACCACAUCUUUCCACAACCGGCCCUUCAACUCGCCCAACGAUGUUGUCAUUCAUUCAGACGGAAGCAUAUGGUUUACCGAUCCUGUAUACGGGUCUGAACAGGGUAUCCGUCCAGCACCACAGCUACCGAAUCAAGUAUAUCGUUUCGACCCAAAGACGGGGGGUAUCAGGGCGGUAGCAGAUGGAUUUGGACGACCGAAUGGGAUCUGCUUUAGUCCCGAUGAGCAGACGUGCUAUGUGACCGACACAGAUUGGAUUCAUGGGGAUGGCACGACGGAUGGGACGAGGGUGUCACACAUAUACGCAUUCGAUGUAAAGACAUACUCUGGCCAACCAUUCCUCAUCAACAGGCGACUGUUCGCUAUGGCUGACACCGGCAUCCCAGAUGGAAUUAAGUGCGAUGUGCAUGGAAACGUGUACAGUGGAUGUGGCGAUGGAGUCAACAUCUGGUCACCAGGUGGCGUGUUGCUAGCAAAAAUUCUGGUCGACAGAGGUGUUGCCAACUUCUGCUUCGGUCGAGAUGGGCAAUUGUUCCUACUCAAUGAGCACAGGCUGUGGCGCGCGCAGAUUGCGCCGGAGCACAAGGGCGCUCUGCUGGGGAUAUGA